AUGUCGGUGGAAACUCAAGAAUAUAUCAAUGGCAUGAGGCCGGGACCCCUUACGAGGGAGAUUCCAGAAUGUAUGAGAGACAAGUACACCGUCGUGCAAGCCAUUAUAGACGUUAUAAUGUUUGUCAUCGUCGGUAUAGGAUAUGUCAUACAAGCUAUGUAUAGAACUGUUGUAGGACACAAGAAAAAAAACUUAAAUGGUGCUAUUGCUGUAGUGACUGGUGGCGGCGGCGGCCUAGGUAGCCUCAUCGCCCUGAGACUAUCUCGACUCGGCUGUACGGUUGUUUUAUGGGAUAUCAACAAACAAGGACUGGAGGAUACUGUUAAGCUAGUGAAGGGUAUUGGCGGCAAAUGCUACGGCUACACCGUGGACUUAUCAAACCGAGAAGACAUUUACAGAGUAGCUAAGAAGGUGGAAGAAGAAUUGGGAAGGGUAAAUUUGUUAAUAAAUAAUGCAGGCGUUGUGUCGGGACAUUACUUAUUGGACACACCGGACCACCUUAUCCAGAGGACUUUCGAAGUCAAUAUAUUAGCACAUUUUUGGACGGUGAAGGCCUUCCUGCCCGCCAUGAUCGAGCAAAAUGAUGGCCACAUCGUCACCAUCGCUUCCAUGGCUGGACACGUUGGUGUUGCCAAGCUAGUUGACUACUGCUCAUCUAAGGCUGCUGCUUGUGGUUUUGAUGAGGCCUUGCGAGUUGAAUUAGAGACUCAGGGCAUCAAAGGAGUACGCACCUCUCUAAUAUGUCCAUAUUUCAUACGUUCUACUGGAAUGUUUGAAGAAGUUAAUUCUAGAUUUGUGCCACAGCUAAGUCCUAACGACGUAGCUGAUCGCGUGGUGCUCGCGAUUCGAACCAAUGAACCUUUUGCCCUGCUUCCUGGAUAUUUCCGGGCCUUGCUGCCUCUGAAGUGGUUAGUGCCGUGGCAAUGCACAUCAGACCUGAUCCGAGGAUUAGUCCCCGAUGCAGCGCCAUUAUCACCCGCGCAUAGUACACCGACCGCACCCACUACUAAGGAGCCUUUGAGUAGCACCAAGAGAGAGUCAGCGCCUAUGACGUUGGUCCCUCCGGCAAGACACGAUAGACACGUUUGA